AUGUCAACGACGGAGGCGGUCGUGCUCGGCAGAAUCUUUAGCAAUGCACGACCGACUCGAUUCUCGGAUGCGACCAAGCUCUGUAUCGAAACCCUCGUCCUGCCCCUUGGGGUUCUCCUGAAUUUCUUAUCGUACCUGGUUUUUCUGAAAUCAGCGAUCAGUCAAACGACCUUUGUGAUCCGACCGGAUCAAAGCUCUGUCUGCUUUGUCUCUACCUCGAGAAAGCUAAUUGACACCUACUCUCGGAAGCGUGACUCUCACCUGAACGCCAAUAUGUCUUCCAAGUCCAAGGAGGGCCAGUCUUCGGGCGGCUUCCACCAGGAUUACAUCGCGUCACUGCGUUACCGCAAUGACCUCCCUCCACCUGACAUGCCCCCGAAGUUCCUCGACAUUCCCCAUGAAGGCCUAAGCCGUUUCCUCACUCCUGGUUUUGCGUCGAAUCUGGCGCGUCGCGAGGAACCCAAUGUCGAUGUUGAUGCCGAGGGCGGUAUGCCAUUGACCUAG